AUGACCGGCACCCUAGCCAAGGCCGACCCCCCCAGCGCCCGGCUCGCCUCCCCCAAGCACCGAUUCGACCUCUCCGCCGACAAGUCCCUCACGGUCCCCAUGACUGCCGCUCUCUCUUGGCCCGCCGACAACACUAAUGGCGGCACGGGCAACGAUGUCGUGUUCGGGCCCUUCCCCGGCGGCAAGCCCAUGGGCGCGGACCUGGCGAUCGACGAGGACCUGGCCGCGCGUGAUGCGCAGUCGGACAACGAGGCGCCCGAGGUGUCGCCGUCCGGGACGGACGUCAGCUUCCAGUGCUACCUGGAGCAGGACAGCAGCGACUCGCUGGCGUCGGCCGGGGGGGUCAAGCCGGGGGAUGGGCGUGGCGGGGCGGUGGGCAACGCGUCGGGCACGUGGCGGGACUUCCGGGAAGCCGGGGGCCGGGGACCCGGCGGGGCGGACGCCUCGUUCAAUGCGUACAUGCCACACCUGGCGUACAGCGGAGAGCACGAGGCGAAGAUGACAGUGGAGGAAUCCAUGAAGCAACAGGCCAUGGCAAAGCUCACCCCUCGGUUCACCCUAAGUGAUAUUGCACAGAACCCUGAGCUUGCCAGGGCAGCAAAGCUGGAGCUGGCAGGGCAGCAAAAGCGUUCCGAUGGUACUUCCAACCUGUCGAGCUGCGACGCCCAGUCACGUGUGACUGAGAUUGAGCAUAUACGCUUCACAACAGACACAGCAGAUCGAGAUGCUGGGCGAGAGGUGCAAGCUGGCCUGGAGCAGGUGGAUGUACUGCAGAAGCGCCUAGCGGAGGGUCGCAGGUCUGUGGAGCAGAUGCUGAAGUUCAUACAAAAGCUGUACGAUGCCAACGUUGCAUACUCACGUGCCAUGAUGGAUGCUGCCCGUGCCGCUGUGUCGUCGCUGGGCAUGAGCGACAGCUGGAAGUGUGCGAGUGAGGGGAUCAGCGAGCUGCCUAUGGUUGUGGGAGGUGCUCACUCACAGAUCUCACAGGCGCUGGCAGAGUGCACUGCAAAGCUCCAAGGCGUUUUGAAGACGAUCAAAACACUGUCUGACGAGCUGGCAGCAACUUCAGCCAAGAUGCAAGCUGGCAUAGCUGCCAAGCGCAGUGCCCUUGCCAAGGCCAUGGGGCUCCAUGAGAAGGCUACACAGGCCUUUGGGGCUUCAGAGGGGCACGUCUCUCGCCCUGCUACCAGGUCUCUCGACAAACAGAAGGAUCCCUGGCUGACCGAGGGCCAGCUUGCUGCAGGCCACGCUGACCUGCUGGAGGCGCAGUACGAGCUCAGGAACUACCUGGCCUGCGCGUUUCUGCGCUGCCGGGACGUUGAAGUCAGCCGCCUGCAGGUGACAAAGGUCUCCAUGGCCGCCGUGCUGAGGAGCCACGGGCCUGCCUUCGAGGAGCAGGUGGGUCCCUUUGUGACUGAGCUCAGCAGGGUUGUGGGCGAAUUCGACCCGGACCAUGAGGUGGCAGACCUGAUGAUCCGCGCUAACGUGCAUGAGGACUCCGCCCUCGCCCUGGGCACGCAGAGGAAGGAGGAGAAGACGCUCAUGGUGGGAGACCUUUUCUCCAGCCCAGACAUCGUUCGGCAGGGCGAGUUGGAGAUGUGGGAGGCUGGGGACUCGCGGUGGAGGGGUGGCCACUUUGUCGUCACCCAGUCCGGGUUCUUGUAUGGAUUCUUGGGCUCGGAUAGGCUGGGGCCUGUGCCCACGUGCAGCAUGUGCCUGCCCCGGUGUUCCUUCGAAGAUGGGGACGCCCCGGUGUUCAGCAUCACUGAGGGGGGGACUGGUUGGAGGCGCAGCAAGGGGCGCAUUGUCAAGCUCAGGGCACCAUCGGUGGACGAAUGCUGCGAAUGGGCAAUCGUUGUGAGGGAAACGAUAGCAAGCCUGCAGGCCAGGUGGUAG